AUUGUUAAAUUAUUUGAUUGCACUAGAUCCAGUUGUGAAUUGGCUAAAUACAUAUUCUUGCUCAUCAUCUUAAACGUGACGUGCAAGAGAACAUUUGUGAUUCAGCGUGAAUUAUUAUUGUUACAUAUGGUCGUAUCUUGGUUCGCGAAACGCGGCGCAACCAAAAGGAACAGACCCCUGCUGGAAUCGACUGGAGUCAGUCACGAACGAACGCGGAUGAGAAUCGGUUCGGUGUGCAGCCAAGUAUGUUGUAGCUGAUCGUAAUACACAAUCACUCUUCAGUUCAUCGCGAGCAAUCGAACGAGCUAGAACGCGCGAGUCGGCGCGUCCUGCAAAAUGGCCAAACAAAUAAGUCAUGCGGGCUUUGCGCUCCUCUGUCUGGUGUGCGUCCUCGCGCAGACGGCCCGCACGAACCCGGUGAAUAUCCCGGUGAAAGCGGUGCCAGGAACGUUGUGGAUGAAGGCGUGGAAGGCCCUGAAUAAACAUACACCGACGCAUCACAGAUACAGCAGCGGCCAUAUGAUAAAUGCACAGGAAUUGGAGGAGCCGCCUUACAAGCUAUACAAGUUCACAUUUUACUUGAACCCAAUAUGUGGAGUGGAGUCUUGUCCCAGGGAGGCCUGUACAAUUGAUCUGAAACAAAAUAGCGAUGUAGAGGACGAUGUAGAGGCACUGAAUGAUUCUAUUCAGUGCAUGUACUUUUACACGGCCGAAGCGCAGAAUGACACGUCGCAGGAGCAACAGAGCUAUCAGGAUCAGGAAGACUCUCAGACCACUCAGGAGAGCGUGACCGAACAGGUGAAUAACAAUCGAAGCGUCGAAUUGAAUCACGAAAUUCAGGAGACUGGCGACGAGAACAUCAGACCGUUCAUUGCUGUGCGCGCUCCUGGUAGCAAUUACUGUCCAGGCUGUCCGUACGAGUUGAAUCCGAAUCUGCCGAGUUUCCUGGUCUUUGGCGAGCAAGCAUUGAGAUCGAUAGACGAGCAAACGACGAGCGAUUACAAGCAUAAGCUGAUAAACAUCGUGAAAGUUACUCGCUCGGUACCAGUUUCAUCCAAUAUAAUACAGUAUCAGCUACUGCUGUUGAUAGGCGAGUCUGAGUGUCUGAAGAAUGCCCUGGAACAAGAACAGGAUUGUCCGUUGCGAACAUCCAAUUCGCUUAAGCUGUGUUUAGUCACGUUUGAACAACAACCGUGGCAACCGAUGUCUCUUAAGAUCAUCAGGAACAAUUGCACGGAUGAGGAAAAUUCUCGCGCCAAUAUUAGUAAUCAGUCUCCGCAGCCGGAUCUGGAGAGUCAGUCUUUGGUGACGGUCAAAUAUAAUGAAGGACAAUCGUCGUCCCACUCCGAUGUAGCUGAUGCCUAUGAAGACUUGAAAGAUAUGCUCGACAAUUACACCCACGCGCCAUCUUCGACGCCCUCGAAGCGUUCUGAGGAAGCCGUAGUGACGGAACCUGCGAUCGUAAAAGUAAUACUGAACAGAAGUCAGCAAGACGAGAAAAUUGUGGGUUUUACGGACAAAGCAAAGGAAUUUGGGGAAUUCUUGGAGCAUUUUGAUCUGCCUGUCAAUAUAAAAGAUGCUGCACCUGAUACGCGCGAACCUGUAAAGGAGGAAAAAUUUCAACGAAAGAAAAUUUCCAUGGAGAACUUAAUGCUCGAGAAGGAGAAUGAUAGAACAGAUGUCAUUAAUAGAAGAAAACGAUCGGUAACGAAAAGAGGGAUAGCCGGUGCACCCAGGCCGACGUCUAUAAAUGAUCCUGAAAUUCAACUUUAUGCCAACAAAGCACUGCGCAAAGUUUCCGAUGAAUCGAACGAUCCUAAUGAACCACUUAUAGUGGAAAUCAGCGAGGCGAGCGUUCAAGUAGUCGCUGGUACACUUUACAAGAUCAAGGCCAAGUUGGGCACUAGCGAUUGCCCGAAGGGCACUAAAAACAAUUGCCAGUUGCAGGCCGGAAGUGAAGUAAAAGACUGUUUAAUAUCCGUGUGGUCACGACCGUGGCUCGAUCAAGGUUCACCCGAAAUAACGGUCACAUGUCCCCCGCCAUCGACAGAAAGAAGCAGAAAGAAGCGGAAUCUACGUGGUCUUAAUUACAACCAGAAGAUGCUGCAGAUCGCCGAGGACGUGAGGACCGAGCAGCUGUUCAACGAGUUCGUGGCGACCUACAAUCGAACGUAUCCCACGUCGGAGGAGAGAGACCUGCGAUUCAGAAUAUUCCGCGAGAAUCUCGAUAUCAUACGGCUACUGCGUAAAACCGAACAGGGAACUGGUCGCUACGGCGUCAACAUGUUUGCUGAUGUGUCGCGCGAAGAGUUCCGGUGGCGUUAUCUUGGUUUGCGACCAGAUUUGCGAUCGGAGAACGAUAUUCCUCUACGUACAGCCGAGAUUCCGGAUGUCGAGCUGCCACCCAGUUUCGACUGGCGACAGAAAGGCGCGGUGACCGCGGUGAAGGAUCAGGGAAUGUGCGGCUCCUGCUGGGCCUUCUCAGUUACGGGCAACGUCGAAGGCCAGUACGCGAUCAAGCACGGUCAGCUGUUGUCUCUGUCCGAGCAGGAGCUUGUCGACUGCGACGAUCUGGAUGAAGGCUGCAGCGGCGGUCUACCGGAUAACGCAUAUAGAGCCAUCGAGAAACUGGGUGGUCUCGAGCUGGAGUCGGAUUAUCCGUACGAGGCGGAGAACGAGAAGUGUCACUUUAAGAAAAGUUUGGCCAAGGUACAACUGGCUUCCGCUGUCAAUAUCACCUCGAACGAGACGCAAAUUGCGCAGUGGCUGGUGCAGAACGGCCCGAUCUCUAUCGGCAUCAACGCUAACGCCAUGCAGUUCUACGUCGGCGGUGUAUCGCAUCCCUUUAAAUUCCUAUGCAAUCCCAAGAAUUUGGACCACGGUGUGCUCAUCGUAGGAUAUGGCACCAGCAAUUAUCCACUCUUCCACAAAAAGCUACCAUAUUGGGUCAUCAAGAACAGCUGGGGAAAACGUUGGGGCGAACAAGGAUACUAUAGAGUUUAUCGCGGAGAUGGCACUUGCGGACUUAAUAUGAUGGCUACAAGCGCCCUGGUUGUUUAAUAUUGAAAUUGACUAUAUGAAUAAGUUACUCAUGACAAUUAACUUAUAUAUAUAUAUAUAUAUAUUCGUUCUAAACGAAGUUAUACAUUAGACAUAUAUAUAUCUUGUUUUUUUAUUUUUUACUAACUUUAAAUGUCGAUUAUCGGAUCCGUUCACUUGCCAAAUAUUUGAUAAGUGCGACUUGACCUUAUUUUCGCAAUUUAUAUGUAUUAUAGUAUCCACUAAAUAUGAUUCAGCUUAUUUUGUAAGUAUUUGGCAAGCGUAUGAAUCAUCUGGAGUUAGUUAAGUAUAUACACAAGAAUCAAUUGGGAGCAGAAUUUAAUUUUUUGCAUACUUAUACUGAAGUGGAAACGAUAUAAUCGUUUACGACAAUCCUAUUUGUUGAAAAAUUCAAGACUAUAUAGUAAUUUGCUGAUAUUCUACAAAUCUUUUGCAAAAUAAAUAAUAUAUAAAUAAUUAAAGUAUGUUAUCAUGCAACAAUGUUAAGAAGUUAGAACAAUUAAAGAUAUUAAAUGUUAAAUAGAACUUUACUAAGUAAAUUUUAAAAGAUAAAAAUUAAAGUAAAGCGUAAAAUACAUCUUGAAGACAUUUAUGUAUUUUGUAAUUUUUAAGUUUAUUAGAGGCAGCCAGCAUUUUUUAGAAGUUUUUAUAACAAAGUUGCAGCUUUGCAUAUAGAUUUUGAAGAAUAGUUUUGUAUACGAUUUGUUAAUUCAAUCAAAGAAUAGACUAGAGAGGAAAUCAUUGUAAGAAAGUAUCAAUGAAAUAAGAAAACAAGUAGUCCAUCUUCAUUAAGUGCAAUAUAAAAAGACAACUACAUAUAUGAAACUAUGUCAAUUUAAUAUAUUCGAAAUGUUUAACAUAUUUGAGUAAAUAUAUUCAAAACCAAAAUUAGUGUUAUUAAACCUGUAAUAAUAAUCAUGUGUGUACGAAAAUGAACAUAAAUUUGAGAUUAAUUUAUAAAA